AUGAUGGAGCGACCUGCAACAAGCUUGCAGUCGCUGCCCUCGGUUUCUGGCUCGGCCUGGACUUCGAGUGCUGCCGGCAGCUUCGUGCCAGCGCCCGUGCCGCUGCAGCAGCAUUUCUCGCAGCAACCGCCAUAUGCCGGACCAUUCAGCGACCCAAACUUGACGCUGCAGGAGAUUGCAGACAAAGCCAAUGCACUCCAGCAGCAGAUCGACGAGAAUGCCGGGCGUCAAAAGGCCGAGCUACGCUCUGCGAUGGAAGCCAGGCACAGAGAGGUUGAGCAGCACGCGCAGUCGAUUCUACGGCACGCUGUGCAAUCCAUCGAGGCUCGAAAAGCGAGCCAGCUGCAGUUGAUUGAGCGCCAGCGGGCGCAGGAGGAGGCGGCCACACGCCACGACGCUUCAGAAGCCAAGAAGCUCAUCGACCUCGAGAUGCAGAAAGCUUUGGCUGCCCUGGGUGUGAGCCACACCCACCAGUGGAUGGGCCCGACUACCGUGACCCCUGGGCU